GUAAACUCAACUAAAAUAUAUAACUAUUUGUAGGUAGGUACACGGUAUGGUUGGUUACCAUGGCGCUGUACCACAUGUUCAGAGCGACCUGUUCACGUGAUAUCACUUGGUUAUGUUUGAAACGUGUCAUCAGGAAGGAAGCCCGGCGUCAGGCCACCCUUCUCGCCAAGCGAUGGAGCCCUACUAGAACGCAAGCUGUACUACUCUCCUCAUCUUUAACAGUCCUCAAGAAGGAGGAGCAAGAACAGCAUCAGAGGCUUUUAGGAGUGAGAAAGUUGAACCAUGGUGAAUUGUGCCCAGUUGACUGCCAAGACGACACUUUUCGAACAGUAAACAAGAGUUCCAAGAUGAAACUAUUUGAUGAGCUGAGAGACUCGCUCCCUUCUUCAUCGGAGACUCUCAACAAGAUAGAACAAGCUAAGGAGAAGCUUACGAGCUCAUUCCAUGAGCUGACUGAGAAGUUGAACAGUGAUUCACUUUCACAUAUUAUCACUGAGAAAGCCAGCAAGAUCACAGAGCAAGCUAACUAUGAGACUGAGCUGAUGGCGGAACAAAUGGCAGAGUCUCUGAAUGAGACUUUGGUUGAGACUAAAGAGACAAUAAAGAACAUAACCCAGAGACUUGUCAAGUCUCCUGAACCAGGAGUUGUUAAACCCCUUGUUUUUUCUCCCGAGCCUAACCACCAACAUGUGGAUAUCGGGCUGACUGAAGAGAUAAUAUCUCAGAAUAAGAAGAGAGGAGAGGAUCAGGAUACCGAGCUGAUGCCGCGGAUCAAAAGAGCAGUCAGGCAGUUGAAAGCGGAGAUAGAUGCUGACGAUAGUGGGGAUCCACCUUUAUCUCUUGUAUCAAGAAAAGCAAAGCAGCGUAUCGAGGCUUUUAUCAAGAAUAAACGUACUCAAAUGCAGGUUAAGAUAUCUGAGAAACUCGACAUAGUAAAGGAGAUAACAGUUGUUGGUAAAGAUAAGGGAGAGGAAGGUGUGAUGGAGUACAUUACCUCUAAUGUCCCAAAUUGUGAUAAGGAAGACCCGGAGCUACAAGAUAUCGUGUCCGAUUUCGCUGGAACAUUUUACAACGAUACAUUCCUCAUUGACGAUAUAGACUUUGAGCAUGACGACAUUCUAACGUCAAAUGGGUGGACAAACGAGAUAUCUCAGGAAAAAUAUCGCAUCUGGAAAAAGAAUAUUCCCGAAGAAAAUGUGACUUUGUACAAAAUAUUUGGAUCAUUCGACACAGUGAGCGCUGUGGAGUUUUACAACGCUCAGGUUAACGAUCAGUACCGUUCAGUUUGGGACAAAUCCGUCAGCAGUUUGUACGUGGUUGACAAUAUCACUAACAACAAUGAGAUUGUUUACUGGGCCACAAAGUUUCCCUUUCCUCUCCAAGAUAGAGACUACGUUUUUGAGAGAUCACACCUCAUGAAUGAAAAAUCAAAUACCAUCGAGAUAGCCAGCAGGUCCAUUACCCACAAGUCGAAACCAAUUUAUCCGACGUUUUGCAGAGUUUUAAAGUAUGGAUCGAAGCUUGUGAUUCGUGCUGAUAAAGACUUGUACCAGAAAGGAAUGAGUUACUGUUUAACCUAUUACGACGACUUCGGCAUGCCUAUCCCCAACCAAGUCAAAGAUCGUCUCGCCACUACAAAAAUACCAGAGUUUUUAGACAAAGUACACGACGCUGCUGUGUACCUAGGAAGUACUGGCAAACUGUACGUGCCUUACCCUCAAUCCUCUGCCAGUAAACGAAACUGAUGUGUUUUAUAAUAUUUUGUGGUCGUUUGAAUGUGUUUUUACGUAAUGAUUUCUAUUUUAUUUAAUAUCAUACAUAUAUAGACUUUCACAACUCGCUUUAAUUUAUUGUAAUCCCUACA